AUGGCGACCGGCUACCAACUCAUCGCAGUUAACGGAACACCCGUUAAUACUUGCGGUGUCGAAACAAUCGCUUUGAACAUCGGCCUUCGCAGAGCGCUAACAUGGCGCUUCAUACUGGCAGAUGUGUCCAAUCCAAUCAUUGGCGCCGAUUUACUUUCACACUACGGCAUCCUCUGCACCUCAGGUACAACUAAAAGCGUGACUGUGCAGUCGAUCAAGCUCCAACAACCCAAUCAAUCAUCAGGAUUUUGGCAACUGCUUGCCGAAUAUCCUAAGAUUACACGUCUCGAUGGUGAACCCAAACAAACUUUACAUACAACGCAACAUCACAUCAAGACAACACCUGGCGUUCCAGUCAGCAGUCGUGCUCGGCGAUUAGCUCCCGAACGACUAAAAAUCGCGAAAGCUGAGUUUCAAAAGAUUAUCAACCUGGGUAUUGCAAGACCAUCCGAUAGCCCUUGGUCAUCACCUCUACAUCUGGCGCCCAAAAAGAGUGGCGAAUGGCGCCCGUGCAGCGAUUAG